AUGGCAGUCAAUAUCCCCAACGUCGUUGUCAUCGACUCUAAGCACACAUGCGCCUUCCAGUCUCUACUGGACAUUGAAGGAUUCCAUUUCCUCGCCGGUCCUCACUCGAAUCCCAAAGAUCCCACAGAGGCUAUUCAGCAGCCUUCAUCCUCCAAGAAGAAUAUUGAGGAGAACAUCGCAGAGAAGUACGGGGGUCCUUAUAAAAAUAUCACAUCUAUGCGCCCUCUGAAGACUCACAUUAACUGGUCGGAGCGACAGGUCAAGGAUGCUGACACUGUGGACUGA